AUGGAGAGAGACAAAGUACUUACACGUUCCCUAUUGAACAUAAUGUGGUCACCGAACACCUUCCGAACAAAAAGGUUGCCACUAUACCCUACCACAAAAUUAACGAUAAAGGUGUGGGACAAAUUGCUAGCUACUAGAAUGGAAAAAGGGAAAUAUUGCGCAUAUGCCCCCGUGGAGGUGAUUGAAGAAGUAUCGCAAUGGCUGUCGCUCAAACCUUUGGCAUCAAACGCAUUAGAGACUAACAUUUUGGCUUUCCCGGUACUACAAGAAAAAUAUAAUUUACCUAACUCUCUCAUCUUCCAGUACCUCCAACUAAAAAGUAUCAUACAAGACAAAGUAACCUUCCAGAAAUUGGCACCUAAACCACAAGAGUCUUAUGCACUGGCCCUUAUUGAAAGAUGUAAUUUGGCUCCUACUAAAUCUAAAUCCUUAUCCCUAUGUUAUAAAACUCUUUUAGACACCCCAACACCCCAAUCCGUCAAAUACGUGACCCAAUGGGAACAAGAAGGCAUAUCUGGACUCACAGAUGGAGACUGGUUGGGAUCACUUAAUGCACUAAAGGGCCUCACAACCUGUUUUUCACAAAAAGAUAAUAUACCGAUGGUACCUUACCCCACAAAGAUUACAGCAAAUUUACCCGGGCGCAAACCCCAAUUUUUGGAGAUGCGGAUCCCAUACAGGAACAAUGAUGCACCUAUG